UCAACACAGUAAGCAGAUCCAUAACAAACAUUGUGUAGAAAUGGCUCAUUGGUUCCAUAGAAAUGUUUUUAAAGCGACAGCACCAGUUAAUUUCGAUCUAAAACUAAUAGCCAUGGAUGGUGAAGCAUUAAAAAUUUGUAGUGACCUGAAGCAGUCCAGAGCACGGCUUAUUCAGUUAUUCCCAGAUGCCAACCAUGCUCCGGAGACCGUUGAUGUUGCUUUCAAUCAGUAUAUGGCUAUUUUUAUUGGUUUUUUAACUUCACCUGACAGUAAAAAUACUGGAGUAGAAAGUAAGAUGCGUUAUAGCGUGCUUUUUAAGUGGACACACACUCUGCUGGGAAAUAAACCGCAGUUGAUGAGAGACUCAUAUUUUGAGGGUGCUAACAUGAGUUACAAUGUAGCAAUUUGGUACAUGAAACACGCAGCCAUGCUUGCUGGAAAGGAUGACAUCACCAUGGAAGAAGCAAAGGAAGUGCACAAAUGCCUAAGGAAAGCUGCUGGCAUAUUCAGAUUUAUUCAAUCCCAGUAUUUGCCUCAGUUACCAGGGAAACAGCUUGAGGGUGGUGAUCUUGAUCCACGUGUCCUAUCUGCUUACUUGACACAAUGCACUGCAGAAGCACAAGAAGUCACAGUUGCGCGGGCAGUGGAACUGAAACACAAUCCAAGCUUAAUAUCAGCUUUAUCGAAUGAGACAUCCAAAAUGUUUGCUGAUGCUGCAACGGUAUUAGCUACAGUUGAGCAAGCAAAGCAGUGGGUGCUCUACCUGAAGAUUAAGGCAGCUUUCUAUGAAGCUUAUGCAUACACUUUUUGUGGAGAAAAUCUCUUGUCACAGGACAAGUGUGGAGAAGCUGUAAGGGGCUUACAGGAGGGUCAAACCAGUUAUAAAAGGGCAAUAGAACUUAGUAAGGAAUAUGCAAAAACUAAAGGCCCUGCUCCAAAAGUGCAGCCAGAAACUCAUGCAUCUUUUCGUCGGUUGUCACCACUUCUAAACCGAACCUUGGAAAAGUGUGUAAGAGAAAAUGGAUUCAUCUACCAUCAGAAGGUACCUGCUGAUCCACCUGAACUAGAACAUAAGGCAACCUAUGGGCUGGCCAGCCCUGAGGAAUUCUCAAUGCCAUCACCAUGUCCUCUCUGGAACCCUGCAUCAUAUGCUGCAUUUGAUGACUCUAAAAAUGCUGCAGCCAAUGAUCCAACAACCAGCUCGAAUACAGCAGUAAAACUGGAAGGAGAACUUCCAGCAGUGAAGGAGGCUCAAGUUCACCAGUCAUCUAAGGACCCAAAGACUGAAAGUGGAUGCAGCAUACAAUAACAUAAAUAUUUCAGUGGUACUAUUGGUUCUGGGGCAAGUCAAGCUUACGAAGUGCAGCUGUUUAUAUGUCUGUGUUAUCACAGAUUGCGUAAACUAUUCCUGUUCACACACACUCUAUAACCAAAUACAUAAAUGUAACAUUUAACUAUUUGUGGCAAUUUCUUUGCUUUUAGUUGUGCCUCUUGGGCUUGAUAUGCAGUUUUACAUGUGUAGUAUCAAUUUUAAUUAAUAUUGUAAAAGUGCUAUUACUUAAUGUUGUUUUGCUUCAUAUUAGGCAGAGUCAAUAUUCUGCUCUCAAAGCUAGAUGUCUAUAUACUGAAAAUAUAAUGUCUUAAAGACUGUAAUUAUUACAACAUUUGUUUUAUUUUCAAAGUAUUAUCUUCUACUGUAUAAUUAACUGUUUGCACAUACAUUGUUGUUCCUGAAGAGGAAUGUUUUGACAUUGAUUACUACAGUUCCUUUAACAUUAAUUUUAUUUUUUCAUAUUUUAGUGGAAGCAUUUAUUUAUUUAUUUACAAAGUAAUUGUAAGAUAAAGAUGUAGAGAAGAAAAUAUAUAUUUACAAAGAAAUUGUAUAUAAAAAUUAUAUUUUUAAAAGUUAUGUGGUACAUGCUUUAAUGCUGAUGUGAUAAUUACAUUUGUGCUUUUUGAGUGGGGUACUCUGUUUUAUGAGUUAUAUGUUGCCUGAUUAUUUUAAUAGCAGAUAAAUGUGAAUAUUUUUACCAGUUAACACUUUUGUGUUACUACCUGUAGAUGACGCAAUCAUUGUACAAAAGUAUGCUUUGUAUAUGGGCAAGUGCUGUAAGAUUUUAAGCCUUCAACAUUAUUAGAAACAGAUCACUGUAUCCAAACACAAAACAGAACUUUUUAACAAAUAUUCAAUUGAUUAGACAUUGACAGGAAGUGGUAGAAUGGUGAUUGGCUACUGGAGGACUCAACUGUUGUGUUCAUUAGGUGUUAGAAAUUUCACUUCCUAUGCUUUAAUGAGGGUUACUUCUAAGUUAAUACAGUACGCAAAGGAUUUAAAAGUGUAUAAUGUAAACAGCAGUGCUUCUGCAGUAUUCCUCAUCUUUGUUAUGAAGACCCCAUGUCUGUCCAAAAUAAGAAUGAGUACCUAAAGUAAAGUAAAGGAAAGGCAACUACUCACCUGUAGCAAACUGAUGUGUGGUACAUAGACACACGUAAAAGAACACAGUAUUAACUAGAUUUCACACCCUGACUCUUCUUUUAGCAGAAAAAGAAAAUACACACACUACCAUGCAGGCACCCAUAUGCACACUGAAAAUACUUCCCUAAUCUAAGGUUUGUUUGGUUUCAAUUUCAUGGCUGUAGACUUGUUUGUGCUGAGCAAUUGAUAUGUCACACUGAAGUGUCCAGCAAUAGUCAGCCACAACAACACAAAUUUUAAAGAGCAAAGAUGCCGCAGUAGUGUGCGAUGCUGCUCUCUGAUAACACUGAAAAACAGAGUUUAAAAAUUGGCAAAUAUCGUGGUAUCCAACACUUAUUCUAAGACAAGUGAAACAUGCUGAUUCGAAAUACACAAACCAUUUGUCUCUACCAUGCACCAUUUUUUAGUACUACGUGAUGCACAUGCUAUAUAGUAAUAUCUAGUUCAAGAUAUAGUACACACAAAAUCCAUACACAUUGACAAUACUUCUUUAAUUUAAAGUGUGUUUGGUUUGAAUUUCUUGGCUGUAGACUUGUGUUCAUGCUGAGCAUUUGGUAUGUCACGCUGAAGUGUCCAGCACUAGUUAGCUAACAUUGCUGUAGUCCAUCAGCGCUGAUACUGUGACUAUAUUACUGAGUUAUACUGUUGAAAAUGUUCACAUGUUUGUCACUCGCUGAACCUAGGUUUUUGGGGAAGAAGUCAAGAUGUGAGUUGAGGGGAUGAA